AUGAUGAUACCUGUUCCAGGCAAAUUUGUUCGACCUGACUCGCACAGAAUCCUGUCGAAGUUUGAUUCAACAUCACAUAGUAGCGUGAAGCAGGUGGCGUUCAUCGCCCCGGACGACAGCAGGGUGGUGGUGAUCAUCAAUACAGAUGAGGAUCCACAUACCGUCUCGAUCAACGAAGCGACGAAUUCUGCGCUAUUCUAUAACGUUGUUCUCGAAGCUCAUUCACUUGCCACUGUUAUAAUAAGAUAA